AUGACGGGAAAUUCCUGGGCACGGGCAGCCGAGUCCAAAUAUGAGCAUGGGAGACGAGCGAGGGAGGACCGCGGAGCGCGCCCGCCGCGGACGGGGUGGCUGCCCGGCCUCGGCGGCCGCCAACUCCCUCCUCCUCCAAAUCCUCCUCCUUCACAGCCGCCGCGACGCUGCCGGCCGCGAGCGCGAGCAAAAGGUGGAAUCUCUCCGCCAGGGAGCAUCCCUCUCCGGGGUGGAGGCCCAAGAGCAGAGCCUAGCAUCCCACCCAGGUCCCACCUAAGACCCCUGAGCAGGGUAGAGAAAAGAGAAACCACUACGGGGAGACCAGACAGCGAGCGGAGGACGCGAGGGAAGACGCUUAAGAGCUUGAGGAGACUCCCGCUGUGCCCCCGAUCACUGGAGAGCUUUGGUCAUGGGAGCAUGAAAAGAUCUGGCAAGUACUUCUGUAAGUGUGGGAGGGUGAGGCUGCAGCGGCACUACCAGUUCUGUAUUCAGGAGGAAUGAUUUUGGUGCUGCCUACCCGAGGUUGAGAGCUCAGAUCCAUAAGUCAUCUGGCAACGAAUCUCAAACUUUUGUCAGAGUUACCUGGAGAGCCUGUUACUAUCCUGGGACCUUCUCCAGAUACAGGGAUUCAGCAGGCUUGGUGAACGAGUCAGGAAUCUGCAUUUCUAACAAGUACCCCAGAUGAUUCUAGAAGAGGUGGUCCACAUGUCUUCUUUGAGAAAUUCAGGUUUAGAGUAACCAGAGUAAUUUUUCAUGUCUGCUUUCUAAUCAAGGUGAGUAAGUUUCAAAUGCUCUUUUCUGUAACCCCCAUAACAGGGGUAAGCAGGAUUAUAGGAAAAUACAUACAAACAUACAUAACAAAGCUUUCAUGACCUUUAUAAAAUAUGUAUGUUUACUCAUAAUCCAAAUAGGAAAUUCAAAUAACUAGAAUUUUCACUUUACCCUACAUUAAGUGAGGUUCAUUAUGAAAUGAGGCACUGCAAGAUUCUGACUUUCCUCCUGAGUCAUCAGUGAUUAAAUUAAGCUCCCCAGAGUUUUAGCACUAUGAAUAUUUUAUUGUAUUCUUUAAAAACUGGUUAUUUUAAAAUCAGAUUAUAACCCUUAGGUAACUGAAGUAACUAAAUUCAUUAAGACCUAGCUUUAAAAAUUACUCCAGCCU